AUGGCGCGGGUCAGGGAGGCGCGGCUGCUUUUGCGGAGGUUGCUGGCGGCUCCGCGCGGGGGGAGGAGCCCCUCCGCCCUCGCCGCCCUCGCCGCCCCUCCCCACUGGUGCCCGCCGCCCCAGCCCGGCCUCUCUCUUCGCCCGCGGAGUCCAGCCUGGGCCUCGGCGCGCGGCUGCAGCACCACCAGCGGGGGCAGAGCGGCCCAGAGCCUGGACAAGGAGGCGAAGGAGGAAGAGGAGGGGGAGGAGGAGCAGCCCCUGCGCCGGUUGCACAGCCACCCCCAGAGCCUCCCAGGCUCCGGCUCCAAGCAUGAGUUCCAGGCCGAGACCCGGAAGCUGCUGGACAUCGUGGCCCGGUCCCUCUACUCCGAGAAGGAGGUCUUCAUCCGGGAGCUGAUCUCCAAUGGCAGUGAUGCUCUGGAAAAGCUGCGCCAUCAGCUGCUCUCUGAAGGGAAAGUCUUGCCAGAGCUGGAGAUUCACCUGGAAACGGACCCCCAGGAGGGAACUCUCACCAUCCAGGACACCGGGAUUGGGAUGACACGGGAAGAGCUACUCUCCCACCUGGGGACAAUCGCGCGGUCUGGCUCCAAGGCCUUUCUGGACCUGAUGGAAAACCAGGCAGAGGUCGGCAGCAGAAUCAUUGGCCAGUUUGGAGUGGGCUUCUACUCUGCCUUCAUGGUGGCUGACCGGGUGGAGGUUUUUUCGCAGCCAGCCAACCCAGGCCUUCCUGGCUACUGCUGGUGUUCAGACGGUUCUGGCACCUUUGAGAUCACUGAAGCCUCCGGAGUCCAAGGUGGGACGAAAAUCAUUCUCCACCUCAAAGAGGACUGCAAGGAAUUUGCCAGUGAGGAGCGUGUCAAGGAGAUCAUCACAAAAUACAGCAACUUUGUCAGUUUCCCCAUCUGCCUCAAUGGGCGACGCAUCAACACCUUGCAGGCCCUGUGGACAAUGGAUCCCAAGGACAUUGGGGACUGGCAGCACAAGGAGUUUUACCGCUUCAUUGCCCAGGCGCAUGAUGAGCCGCGCUACAUCCUCCACUACAAGACUGAUGCUCCCCUCAAUAUCCGCAGUCUCUUCUAUGUCCCCCAGAUGAAACCCUCCAUGUUUGACGUCAGCCGGGAGAUGGGCUCCAGCGUGGCCCUCUACAGCCGCAAGGUCCUGAUCCUGACAAAAGCCACAGACAUCUUGCCCAAGUGGUUGCGCUUCCUAAAAGGUGUUGUGGACAGUGAAGACAUCCCACUCAACCUCAGCCGGGAGCUGCUUCAGGAGAGCACCCUCAUCAGGAAGCUGCGGGACGUUCUGCAGCAGCGACUGAUCAGGUUCUUCGUGGAGCAGAGCAAGAGGGAUCCUGAAAAGUAUGCCAAGUUCUUUGAGGACUAUGGACUGUUCAUGCGGGAGGGAAUUGUCACCACUGCCGAGCAGGAGGUCAAGGAGGACAUUGCAAAGCUGCUGCGCUAUGAGUCCUCAUCGCUCCCCGCUGGGCAGCUGACCAGCCUUCCAGAGUAUGCCACUCGCAUGGCUCCCGGCAGUAGGAACAUCUAUUACCUGUGUGCCCCCAGCCGCCACCUGGCUGAACGCUCCCCCUACUACGAAGCCAUGAAGAAGAAGGCGGCUGAGGUCCUUUUCUGCUAUGAACAGUUUGACGAAUUGACUCUCUUGCACCUGCGAGAGUUUGACAAGAAGAAACUUAUGUCAGUGGAGACUGACAUUGUGGUCGAUCACUACAAGGAGGAGGCAUUUGAGGAGAAGCAGCCAGCGGAAGAAGGCCUGAGCCCCCAGGACACAGAAGAGCUCCUGGCGUGGAUGAGGAAUGUACUGGGCACACGAGUCAGCGCCAUCAAGGUGACCCCGCGGCUGGACACGCACCCAGCCAUGAUUACGGUGCUGGAGAUGGGUGCUGCCCGGCACUUUCUACGCAUGCAGCAGCUGGCCAAGAACAGUGAGGAGCGAGCCCAGAUCCUGCAACCCACGUUGGAAAUCAAUGCGGGGCACAUUCUGAUCCAGAAGCUCAGCCAUCUGCGGGCCUCCCAACCAGACCUGGCCCAGAUGCUGCUUGAGCAGAUCUACGACAACGCCAUGAUCGCGGCUGGCCUGAGUGACGACCCACGGCCUAUGGUCAGCAGGCUGAACCAGCUCCUGGCCAGAGCCCUGGAGAAGCACUGAGGCCCCCAAGAAGGAACCGUGCCUUGCAGAAGGACUGCCUGCCCAGAGAGAGAGAGAGAGAGAAAGAAGCCCUUCUCUAUUUAAUUCCCUUUCCUUGCCUUCAAUAAAGACCCUCCCACUUC